AUGGAAAUACCAAAUGAUUCAGGCGCUAAGAAACCAAAGAGAUUGACAUCUGUUGUCUGGAAUCACUUUGAAAGGAUUAGAAAGGCUGACAUAUGUUAUGCUGUUUGCGUUCAUUGUAACAAGAGACUUAGUGGAUCAAGUAAUAGUGGAACUACUCAUCUAAGAAACCACUUGAUUCGGUGUCUUAAAAGAUCAAACUUUGAUGUUUCUCAACUACUUGCGGCAAAGAGAAGGAAAAAAGAUAAUACUGUCAGCCUAGCAAACAUUAGUUUUGAUGAAGGUCCGAGGAAAGAAGAAUAUGUAAAGCCAACAUUCGUCAAGUUUGAACAGGAACAUAAGAAAGAUGAAAUGAUUAACUAUGUAAGUGGUAAAUUUGAUCAGGAGAGGAGUCAACUUGAUCUCGCGCGUAUGAUCAUAUUACAUGGAUACCCGGUGACCGUGGUUGAACAAGUAGGAUUCAAGGUCUUUGUGAAGAACCUCCAGCCUCUCUUUGAGUUUUUGCCAAAUAGUGGUAUUGAGAUUUCAUGUUUAGAAAUCUACAGGAGGGAGAAAGAGAAAGUGUAUGAGAUGAUAAACAAGUUAUGUGGUAGGAUUAAUCUGUCUAUUGAAAUGUGGUAUUCGACAGAAAAUUCUUCGUAUUUGUGUCUAUCAGCACAUUACAUUGAUGAGGAAUGGAAAAUGCGGAAGAAAAUUUUGAACUUUCUUACACUCGACUCUUCUUACACUGAAGACUUGCUUCCAGAAGUGAUUAUCAAAUGUCUCGAUGAAUGGGACAUUGACUGCAAACUAUUUGCAUUGACUCUUGAUGAUUGUUCUGUUGAUGAUGACAUCACUCUACGAAUCAAAGAGAGAGUUUCCGAGAAAAGGCCUUUCUUAAGUACUCGACAAAUACUUGAUGUACGCUCUGCAGCACAUCUCAUAAGUUCCAUUGUUCAAGAUGCCAUGGAUGCGUUGCAUGACGUGAUCCAAAAGAUUCGAGAGAGCAUCCGAUAUGUUAAAAGUUCACAAGAAGUGCAAGGAAAAUUUAAUGAAAUUUCUCAACGUGCUGGGAUCAACUCUCAGAAGACCUUAUAUCUUGAUUUUCCACUUCACUGGAA